GCCAGCAAAAUGGCGGCAGAUGAGACUGUCGAAAGCUCUGCCAAUGCUCUUGUGAGUUUGAAAGAGGGAAAAGGCAACUCCUACAAGACGCCUCCCAGAAGAGGAAAUCCUCCUCGGUUACGGAAGAAGAACCAGCGAUUUUACAAUGAGGAUGAAGAGACGGACUAUUCCCCUGCACGAUCACCGAAGAAACAAUCACGCACCACAUCUUCCAAUUCAGCUGGAUCGGUUGGCCGAUCCACCCUGACAACGCCAGACAAACGAGCAGCUCAGGCCAUUGGUGUCAGACUUCGAAACUUGCUCAAACUUCCCAAAGCACACAAAUGGGUCUGCUAUGAAUACUUCUACUCAAAUUUAGACAUCCCCCUGUUUCUGGGAGAGAAUGACUUCUGCAUCUGUCUUCGUGAGUCCUUCCCUCAGCUGAAGACAAAGAAGCUACGCAGAGUCGAGUGGUGUAAGAUCAGGCGUCUCAUGGGCAAACCCCGGAGGUGUUCUCCAGCGUUCUUCAGAGAAGAGAGAGCAGCCCUGGCUGAACGGAGAGAAAAGAUUCGACUUCUGCAGCAGAGGAAGCUGAAUGAAUUUAGCAGCCUCAAAGAUCUUCCCGAUGAAAUACCUCUACAUCUAGUCAUAGGAACCAAAGUCACAGCUCGACUCCGGAAGCCCCAGGAUGGCCUGUUCACGGGGACAGUGGAGGCUUUGGACACAGUGGACAGCACAUAUAGAAUCACGUUUGACCGACCUGGUCUCGAGACACAAUCAAUACCAGACUUUGAAGUCUUAAGUAACGAAGAAGCUGAAACAAUACCCAUCACAGCGUUUCAGCAAAAACAUCGGCCCCGACAUUCGAUGUUUUCUCCGCCAAGGUUCGUCCCAGGACUUGGCUCCCCUGGGCAGCAGCUGAAUGAUGAUCCUUUGCUGAGUGGCUCACCGUUCAAGGGGCGGUUGAUGAGUUUGGAUGGAGGAACAUAUGGCGGGUUUCCUAUCAAAUUUUUAGUUUUAGUGACACGGUUGUCAAAAAUUCUGAUGAUUAAAAAAGACUGGAUAAGACAGUUACAGGAUAUGAACACACAAGCUGAAAAACUGAAGUCAUACCAGCAGCCAAUCACGGUGGAGUUCCAGCGGAAGUACGCCAACAUCGUGUUGGAGCUAGAGAAACUCAACAAAGACCUGACGGAGUACCUGGUGGGAGUGCAGCAGUUCUGUCAGGAGCUUGUCCCUGGAUCUGGGUCGAUGCCUAUUGACCAACCAUCCGAGAUACGGAAGAAGAGUGAAGAGGAAGCACAAGCCAUGGUCAGCAGGAUUUGCCAGGAUUGUAAUCAGACAUCUGCGAGUAUGUUCCACAAUAAAAAGACGGCCAAGAAUGAGAGGAUACUGAGUUUGGUGGCCAACCUGACGGCCCUCAUGUUACAAGUCAGGACAUUCUCUGAGAAUGAUUUCAACUCAUUUGAGUUCAAAUCUCUUCAAGACAGCUUACAGGAUAUCAAGGUUACAUUGGACGGAAAUAACAUCAACUCCUUCCAGAACAAUGUUGAGAUCCACAUCAAUCACAUCCAGAGUGGACUGUCACAGAUGGGCAACCUGCAUCGUUUUGCUGCUACUUCCUACCCAGCGUGAGCCCCUCCCCAACACCUCCCUCACACAUGGUGCUCAUAAUGGACACCGGGUGUCCUUGGCUACGUCUUCUGCUGAAUCCCCUGAUGGGUGAUGAAGGACAUUGUUGAUGUACAGAUCGGCCUUGGUUAGAUACCAGUACUGCAGGGUUUACUCAACAGAAAAGUGAGGGUCCAGGACGCACAAAUGUAUAGAGUGGACUUAGAAGAAAAUAUUAUUGCGUGCCAAGGAUGCAUAAUAAUCUUCACUCUCCCAAAUUCUGGACAAAUAUAAAAUAGCUGUAAUUAAGUUAAUAGAUCUUACAGUAAAGUGUGCGGACACCAUUUCCUUGGUUUUCAGGACCGUCAUACAGUGAGGACCCUUAAAAGUUAGUAAUUGGGGUUCUUGUGGAUCCCUAGUUUUGAAGGUCAAGGUCAAACAGUGCUACUGGGAUGUGGAAUGGAUUCCAUUGGAUGCAGAUUGUGAUCAUUGUGGCUUUUUGGAUUAAUGAAUGGCUAUUCAUGUGUGUACCACUAAAAACAUAGUCCAAGAUUACCUGCUUAUUUAAUAUUAUUUUAGUCAUUCUGAAAUGGCAUAACAGAUAUCUUGUUUUUCUAAAAAAGAAAUCAGUUGGUCCUUAGCAAUAUUUUGGAGUAGUAUGUAUGCACAUAGAGUAUGUCAUUAAGACAUCUUGGAAAAAGUUUACGGUCCCAUUCUCCUUUGUGGAAAAAGACAUUUGACCCAGUUCCUGACCCAGAUUUAUUCAGGAUUUCAAACAAAGUUUCUUUGACUUCCAAUUUUGGGGGAAAAUUUGUAAUUUUGCUCAAAAUUGUCCGUGAUAUGCACGUUGCUUAAAGAAGGCCAAUACAUUAGUGUUUACUAUAUAACAUGAUGAAAAAUUCCCAAAGUGGAAUUAAAACAUUCCCAAAUCAUAUACUUAUAUGUAAUAUGAUGGCAUUAUUAGUAGAUGUAUCACUGAUAACUGGUUACCAGUAAAGAGGAUGAGGCUUUGAUAGAUAGUUUUACAUGAUUGAAUGUAAUGUUAAAAAAACCUCUGAAUUUAAGGGAAAGCGAACUUCAAGAAGUCCCAAGUUUGAACAAAGCAAGAAAUAAUUCUACAUUUCCUUACAUGGCUGUUUGUGCGGAAUCUUGGUUAAAGCCCUAGUGACUAAGGUGUCUGUAGACAUGGGUAAUGAACGAUGUGGGAGGUAGUGGUGCCAAUAUCUGGUUGCCACAGAGCUUGGUUCUGUUAGCUACACAUGACUUGUCUGUAUACAUGGGUAAUGAACGAGAUGGGAGGUGGUGAUGCCAAUGUAUGGUUGCCACAGAGCUUGGUUCUGUUAGCUACACAUGACUUGAGUCAGUUGUGUCUUGUUCGUCAGAAGGACGAACCAAACAAAAUUACAAACCAUUUUGACUGUGCCAAAACCUUGUGUGUCUACUGCCUCAAACAUAACUCGGAGUUCAGGUGGAUGUUAAUAUUAUUAUCAUUCCAUUGGAAUUUACUUUUCUCCCAGGCGUAAUCUUAUCACACAGUAUUAAUCACAGUAUUCAGUGAGGGACUAUUGUUUGAUAUUGUGAAUAAUAUACUACUCACACUUUGAUAAGGAUCACAAAAAUUCACAACUUUACUUAAAGGUAGAUUUAUAAUUUGAAACUGGAUAAAUGAUAAUAUGGUAACCCCACUUUAGGCAAACAGCCACUUUAUUCUAACCUUAUGCACUUGAUACAUGAGUAACCGUGAAAAUAGUUUUCAUUGCACCAAUCAAUCAUUUUCAAAUCAUGGAACGAGUAAUUGACAAGUGCACAACACCUGUCAAUAGCAGGUAUGGGAUCCACAAGAUGCAGUGACGUACUGAAACCUAUGCCUACAAUAAG